AUGGGGCAAGUGCCCCAGUGUGACCCAGCCUGGGCACCCACCGUUCGACUGGCGGACGGCCAGCAGGUUUACGAGGACUGCGAACAGCCGCCGGUAAUAGCACAUGGCAGUGCAAAACUUACCGUCGAUCAGAGUGAGGAGUUCGUAAUGGCUCAUUAUAGCUGUAAUACAGGCUACAGGAUCGACGGAACCGUCGACAUCCGGUGCGAUAUUGAUUCAGAUGAGUGGCAGGUCGAACAGCUUCCAAAGUGUGUGAAAGAAGGGCAAAUGAAUGGAAUCUCGGAGCUGAAAGACGAAAUCGUGCGGAACAACAACGAGGUAGCCAAACUCGCCGAUAAGGUCAAUGCGGCAACCCCGAUGCAAAUACCAGCUCGCGAUCGUCUCGCUAAACGUCGUCGCGGUGACUUGGAAACUCCGAAUAAACCGACUACCGGUACCAGACUCGUCGAGAAUCCCGAAAAGAUUGUGGCCAGCUCCCCACCCAAGUUAUUCCGGGUGUAUCUCUCACGUUUCCACCCCACCGUAACCUCCGAGGUCGUCGAGCUACUUGUUCGAGAUGGCCUACAAAACCAGGAUCCAAUUCGUGUUGUUUCACUGGUGAAAAAAGGGGCCGACCUUCAAUCGCUCAACUUCAUUUUCUUCAAACGUAAUUCCCACGGUUCUCUAUUCCCGAUCGCCUCUCGAUCGUCCAUAGGCAUAGCCCCGCGAAAACUGCUUGAUACAUAUAGCACCGCUGGACUUAAGCAGAUGAAUGGGAUUAAAAACGAGAAUCAUCGGACCCUUGAUCUGUGCUUCGUUAGUGACGAGCUGUGCGUAGACUGUACGGUUACGACACAGCAAGAUUUGGCCGUCGCCAUCGAAAAUGUUCCUCGACUUUCUGUACCUUUGUCGCAGUUUGUUAUCUCCAUUGACAUGGUUACGUCAGCUGGAAAAAGACUAAAAUCCUCCACGGGAUAUGGCCCUGACGGUAUCCCGUCAAUCAUUCUGAAACGCUGUAUGGAGACGAUAGCGGCACCGCUUGCAGCAGUAUUCAACCUAUCUUUGGCCUAUCAGGCAUUUUUCCAAACUGCUGGAAACAGUCAUAUGUCUUUCCUGUCUUUAAAAAAGGAGCUUGCCCAGAGAUAUAAUCACUACAUCUCGUCGGAUCAGCACGGAUUUAUGACUAAACGUUCUACAACAACCAACUUGACUUCCUUCACUUCGUUUGUAACACGCCAAAUUGAGGAUGGUCAUCAAGUGGACGCGAUAUACACAGACUUAUCUGCAGCAUUUGAUAAAAUGAAUCAUCAAAUUGCAAUUGCCAAAUUUGAUCGAUUUGGCAUGAACGAACAUUUGCUACUCUGGCUUCAAUCUUACCUAUGUGGUCGUAGCAUGUCUGUGAAAAUUGGUGAUCACAUUUCUGCGCCAUUUCCUGUUUGUUCUGGUGUUCCACAAGUAAGCCACCUAGGACCGUUUUUAUUCCUGCUGUAUAUGAACGACGUUAAUUCCAUUUUGAAAUGCGCGAAACUUUCAUACGCUGAUGAUCUAAAGCUAUACCAUACGAUAAAGCAACCACUGGAUAUGAGUUUUCUGCAGGAGCAGUUGGAAAACUUCGCUAAAUGGUGUCAAAUUAAUCGAUUGUCGCUAAAUGUGUCUAAGUGCUCGGUAAUCUCAUUUGGACGGAAACAUUCACUAUUCCAGUAUGACUAUGCCUUGGCAGGCGUACGUUUACUGCGUGAAUCCACAGUUAAGGAUUUGGGAGUUUUAAUCGAUGCAAAAUUAACUUUCAAGGAUCACAUUUCAUACGUGGUGGCAAAAGCUUCUUCACAGCGGGGCUUUUUAUUUCGUUUCGCGAAAAAAUUUAAGGACAUCUACUGCCUGAAAACACUCUAUUGUUCAAUUGUGCGACCUGUACUGGAAUACGCGUCUCCCGUCUGGUCUCCUUAUUACCAGAACGAAAUUCAACACAUCGAAGCUAUUCAGCGAAAGUUCAUCCACUUCGCUUUACGUCAUCUCAGAUGGACAGAUCCACGGAACUUACCCAGCUAUAAAAACCGUUGCAUGCUGAUCGGUCUGGAAUUACUAGAGAAAAGACGCAAUAUGGCAAAAGUAUGCUUUAUUGGCGAUCUCCUGCAAGAGUCCACCGACGAUAGUACCGCCACCGGCAGCAGUUCCCAGCAGCAACAGCAGAAAAAGCGCAAGAACGCCCGGGGUCAAAACAUCCAGGAGGAAACCGCUGUUAGCAGUACGUUUGCCGCCCAGCUGGAUCUGUCCUGCAUGGCGCAGGGUCUGAUUCAUGCACCGGAGAUAGACAAUGGCUACGUUGUCAAGUACAACAGGCGAAAGAAGGAUGACCACAUUUUCCUGGUGGCUUUCUACGAAUGCGAUGACCAUUAUGAACUGCAACCGGCAGAAACGGACCGAUUGUUCUGCAGCGGCAAACAGUGGAUCGGAACGAAACCCAGCUGCAUUUCGAAUCGACCCGAAGGGGAGGAGGACGACGAGGAAGACGAAGAUUACGACGAGGAGGACGAGGAGGAGGAAGAAGGGGAAGAAGAGGAGCAACAACCUGAUGAGGUGGAGGAAACCCCGAAGCAUGAGUUGUUGCCUCAUUCGACACCAUCAACGACUACUGAAUUUGGGGAAAAUGUUGACACAAGUGAAACUGAAUUGCAUCGAGCUGAAGAGAAUGAGGUAGUGGAUGAGGCUGAAACAGAUUCGGAUGAUGACAACAUGAAUGAAAAUGAUGACGGCGAUGAGGAGGAAGAUGAAUUACCGGAGGAACCGACCGAAAAGCUACCUGAAGUCAUUCAAACUACAAGUACAACUACGUCAACUGAGAAGCCACAGGAAGAAAUUAUCGUCGUCCAUCCGAACUGUGGAUCAGAUCGAGGCGGGUGCGAUCAUGAGUGCCAGAUGGUGUAUCACGAGAAUGAGGUUCAACCAACCAUUCAGUGUUCUUGCUUCAAAGGUUUUGAACUGGAUUUCCAGGAUCGUCGAACAUGUCGCGAUAUCAACGAGUGCGAGCAAGACAAUGGAGGUUGCGAACAAAUCUGUACCAACAAGCCGGGAUCGUUCGAGUGCACCUGCCAGCCGGGCCUUCAAAUCGACGUUCUUGACGGUAAAAGCUGCAUCGAUAUCAACGAGUGCCUGCUGCGAAACGGGCACGGUCCCUGUCAGGAUACUUGCAUCAAUGAAUGGCGUGGCUAUAAUUGCAGCUGCGAGGGUCUUCCCGGAACACGACUGUCACCCGACGGACACGGCUGCGAAGAUGCGGGCGAAUGUCCGAGCGCCGGCUGCUCCCAUCAGUGUCUUAGCACGAUGGGCCGCACGUACUGCAUUUGCCCGGUCGGGUUCGUCCUCGGGGAUGAUUGGAAAACUUGCCAAGACAUCAACGAGUGUGAAGAUGAUGCGAUAGCUGUGCGUUGCCCCGAUGGAUGUGAAAAUACACAUGGUUCGUAUCGCUGUCUGGAGGAGGCUGCACCGGAACCGGAGCCAAGCCCGCGUCCGAGUCUGGGUAGCAGCAGCAGUAGUGCAGAGACGGCUUCCCCGAGUGAGGAUGAUGAAGAGGACGACGAUGGCGAGGAGGAUGGUGAGGGCGACUUCGAUGAGGAAGCUGAUAAUGAAAAUGGAAAUGAGGAACGCCCUUCCACGCCGGCUUCCACCACGACCACGACAACAACGGAAGUGACUGAAAUUGAUGAGAAAAGUGACGAUGACGAGUACGAUGAAGGUGACGAACAGCAAUCAAACAAUGAAAUUUUGCCGGCUGAAAGCGAUGAUGACAAAGAAGACGUCGACGUCGACGUCGAAGAGGAUGACCUGGACCUGGACAAUGAGCUGCCGGAACCGGCGCAAAGACCGGAAAUCGAUCGAUCAAAUGUUGAGUCCGACAAUGAAGUCGAAGUUGACGGCGACGAUGGCGAUGAUGGUGAUGACUACGAUGAUGAAGAUAAGAAUGGCGAAGACGAGGAAAUUCAUCAUCAGCAACCGCCGCAUCGGCAUCGUCACCAUCACGGUGACCGGAGGCCGGAGUUGGAAGAAGAAAGUGAAAUUAAACCACUUGAGGUAGAGCCUCAUGGCACUUCUACCGAAUCAUCAUCUCCGGUGGUAGUCAAGAUUGAUAGGGAUGAGGAGGAGCAGGAGGAGGAUGAAUUCCCGGAGGAAAACCAUAAAGAAAAUGAGCUUGAUAGUGAUGACUAUCUCGAACCGGAGGCUGAAGUUUCAUCGGCCAUAACGACGACGACGACGACGGCCACGACCACUAGCACUCCGCGGCAUGUUGUGAGUUGCCGUGAGGGGCUGAGACUAAAUUCAGCUGAUGAAUGUGAAGAUAUCGACGAGUGCGUGGAACAGGACCACGGAUGCGACUACUGCCGGAAUGCGUACGGUGGCUAUCAGUGUACCUGCCCGACCGGUUACGAGCUGGCCGACGAUGACAAAACCUGUCAAGAUGUGAAUGAGUGCGAACGACGAGGGAGCGACGACGACGAUGACGAUGAAGACUACAACGAGGUCGGAACGGACGAUGGUCGGAAUUCCGCGUCGGUUGGAGUCUGUUCACACGAGUGCCACAAUACGGUCGGUUCGUUCGAGUGUCGAUGUCCGGACGGGUUUCAUCUGAACACCGAUCGGCGAACGUGCGUGAGGGAUUUCUGUGCUGAUUUGUACGAGAAUUCGAAUAAGACGCGGUGUUCGCAUGAGUGCAAGGACGGAACCGAGGGGUUCAUCUGUGUUUGUCCGGAGUUUCACAUUCUGGAUGAGUUUGAUAGGAAAACUUGUCUGAACGUUUACAGCUGUGCAGCUGAGCUGAAGAAACGGUGUGAUCCCGGGGUUUGUAGGGUAAUCACCGGAGGUGAUUACAGGUGUGAGUGUCCGCAGGGUUAUCAGGAAGCUGAUCACAGUUGCCAUGAUUUGGAUGAGUGCGAACUGGGUAGGCAUAUGUGUUCGCAUGAUUGUUUUAAUACGCCCGGGUCGUAUCGGUGUGGGUGUCCACAUGGUUUGACGUUAUCCACCGACAAUCGGACUUGCGAUGACGUUGAUGAGUGUCAGAAUCAGGAUCGGGACGAUAUUUGCGGAGAUCUGCAGUGUUUGAAUACGUACGGAAGCUACAAAUGUGUAUGUCCCGAAGGGAAGGAACUGGAUGAGUACGGCAUCUGCCGGCAGAUGGAUCUGUGCACAACGGCCAAUGGAGGGUGCUCGCAUAUUUGCACGUUUUUCAAUCGGGAAACUUUCUGCGACUGUCCGGAUGAAAUGGAACUUGCAGAGGAUGGUAAGACAUGCGUUUUGAUCAAUGAAUGUGAAAGAAAUAAUGGCGGCUGCUCACAUAUCUGUGAUUCGCAAGCGGAAAAUCUUUGCCGAUGUCCGGAAGGAUUUAAUUUGGCAGACGAUAAACGGAAUUGCCAUGACAUAAACGAAUGCUUGCAGAGCAAUGGCGGAUGUGAGCAAAAGUGCUCGAAUUUACCUGGUAGCCAUGAGUGUGGUUGCUUUGAUGGGUUCGAAACUUCACGAGUUGACAAUCGGUCGUGUUCGGAUAUUGACGAAUGUUCAUUCGGCUACUGUGAUCAGCGAUGCCACAACACGGAAGGUUCGUUCCAUUGUUCCUGUAAUGAUGGUUAUCAGCUGGUUGAAGAUGGCCGUUCUUGCAGAGAUGUCAACGAAUGUGAAACAAACAAUGGACGAUGUUCGCAUAUCUGCUCGAACCGACCUGGCAGCUAUGAAUGUUCUUGUCCAGCGGGUCUAUAUCUCACAGAGGAUAACCAUUCAUGUGAUUUUAUCGAUGAAUGCGAGUUAAACAAUGGCGGUUGUUCCCAUGAUUGCCACUACCAUCGAGGGGUUACCACUUGUUCGUGUCCGAAAGGUUUUGAACUAGAGAAGGAGAAUUUGAAGACCUGCGUGGACGUCAAUGAAUGCAAUACUUCCAAUGGAGGUUGUUCAAACAACUGCAUAAACCUACCUGGAAGUUAUCACUGCACUUGUCCAGAAGGAUUCGAACUUAACCAUAAUCUACACACUUGCAACGACGUUGAUGAAUGCAUUGAAAACAAUGGUAACUGUUCGGACAUUUGCAUCAACCUGCUGGGAGAAUACCGAUGUGCUUGCGAAGCCGGUUACGAGUUGGAGGACGAUCAGCAGACUUGUCGCGAUGUGGACGAGUGUUCGAUGAAGAUCCAGGAUUGUUCGCACAUUUGUACGAACGUUCCGGGAACGUUCGAGUGUGAAUGCCCCGACGGUUAUCGACUGGGAAGAGACACAUUUACCUGUGAGGACAUUAACGAGUGUGAAACUUUACCGAAUCGGGCUGGCUGCGAGCAUCAUUGCGUAAACUUACCCGGCUCGUAUCGAUGCGGUUGUGAGGACGGUCACAUGCUGGAAUCGGAUAACCGAACUUGUUCGGAUAUUGACGAAUGCUCGGAUGAGCAUCGGCGAUGCUCCCAUGAUUGUGUUAACACUAAGGGAGGUUUCGAAUGCUCCUGUCCACUGGGAUUGAGACUAGACGUGGAUGAAGUUUCCUGUUUGGAUAUUGACGAGUGUAAAAUCAAUAGUUUCAAUGGUGGAUGUUCGCACAUCUGUGAAAAUGAGCAUGGAAGCUUCAAGUGUAGUUGUCCGGAAGGCUGGGUUCUGGGGGAUGACGAGGCGACAUGUGAAGACGUCGAUGAGUGUUCGAACCUCAACGGGGGCUGCAGUCAGCGUUGCCUGAAUCAUCGAGGUGGUUACACCUGUGGAUGUAAUCCAGGAUUCGCUCUGAUGGCAGAUAACAAGACUUGCGAAGUUAGUAAUCCUUGCGCCCUUCGGAACGGUGGUUGUGAACAUUUCUGUAGUUUCAAGAACGGGAAUACGGUUUGUUCCUGCCGGGAAGGGUACACUUUGAACAAAACAAACCUGGUGAGCUGCGUGGAUCACGACGAGUGUCAGUUACCCAGUGACAACAACUGUCAGCAAAAGUGUGUAAACACAAACGGAGGUUUCCAGUGCGAGUGCUAUUCGGGUUACGAAAAAAAUGCCCUCGGCCAAUGUAUCGACAUCAACGAAUGCUUGGAAAUGAAUGGUGGAUGCGGCCCCAACACUCGGUGUAUCAAUUUGGCCGGUAGCUUCCGUUGUAUGUGUCCGCCAGGAUUUAAAAUGGGAGACGAUAGAAGAAACUGUUUUGCAAUCCGAAAUCGCUGUCCACCGUUGACUGCUCCAAACAACGGCGAGAUCAGUUGUUCCAGAUCCAGACAUAAGUCACAAUUUUUCUACAAAACCAAAUGUUCGAUCUGGUGCAAAAAAGGCUUCAAACUACUCGGCGCAGCCGUACGGCAGUGUAAUGGCAGUGGUAUUUGGGACGAAGCCGAAUCACUUUGUGUUCCUCACUCAUGUCCACGGCUGCAGCGCCCAGAGCACGGAACCCUCCUACCAGUAGCUUGUACAACCGGAAAAAUCUACUCCGGUGAACGAUGUGUGCUUCACUGUAAACCAGGUUACCGACCGGUUGGUAAACGAGCAACUAUUUGCGAUGCAACACACCAGUGGACCCCAUCCCAGGUUGAUUUGCGAUGUGUUCCGGUGACCACCCCACAACCCGUGGUCCCAAUUAAACCCUACAUCCAGUGCCCACCGGAUGUUCACCAUGUACUUCCGGUUGGCCAAUAUACCAUGAAAAUACGGCUUGAACAACCGAAAUCCAACGUGGAUUGGUAUCAAUUCAUUGACUCUCAUCCCGCCUGGGGCAAACAACUGGAGACUGAGCUACCGGCCGGGGAAACGGCGGUAACUUUCCGAGCGAGGAGCCCCAAUUCCAAUAUGAAUGACGUUUGUCGAGUACUGAUUAGGAUAAGAGAGCGAAGACCGCCCCAGGUUGCCAACUGCCCGGAUUCAUUCAACGUCCGGCUGGAGGGCCAGGAGACGUCCCGAUCGGUGUUCUGGGUCGAGCCAAAUUUUGAGACUGAAAGUGAAAUCAAACAGCUUUACAAAUCGCACACCUCCGGGCAGCCGCUGAUCGCCGGAGUGCACUACGUUAACUAUGUUGCAACCGAUGCCGAUGGGCUCAGUGCCAAGUGCAGCUUCGGAAUUACCGUGAAAGCAUCUCCCGAAGUAUUAAAUGCCCGUCGACCGGUACACCGACCGCACGAUUCCAAUAAACUGGAAAACCACGAAUCAUUCCUGAUUUGUCCCGGCAAGUCACCGAUCCGAGUCGAUGCCAACGAUCCCCUGCACAUUCCGCAGGGCUGCGUGGUAAAAAAUAUCCGCAUCAAGCAAAAGCUGGCACGGUUGCGUCACCAGCAACAUGUACUCCAGCGUCACCUGCAGGAACUGGAGAGGUCACCUAAUCCGGACCAGAUGGCCAUCGAGCAGCAGCACAAACGUUACAACAAUCUGCUGCGUUAUUACUCAUCGUGGGACAACGCGGCCAGCCACCACCAGCAGCAGCAGGUGGACAGCUACGCUGCUGGUCAACCGCAACGGCAUCCCCGCCGGUGGUUCAAGAGGCGCAGCAAGGACAACGACGAAGAACUACGGAGCGGCGCAUCCGCGGGCGCGGCUGAUGGCGAAAAACCUUGA